UAUUUUUUUCUGUUUAGUUUCGUUUGUUAGAAUCUUCAAGAAACUAUAUUUGAUGCACACAUUGUCUUCUACCUCCAGAUUGUUAGGAGCUAAUGGCUACCCCAUUUAUUGCUGGGCUUGCAGUAGCGGCUGCAGCCAUGGCCGGUAAAUACGGAAUUCAGGCUUGGCAUUCUUUCAAGAAUAGACCCCCCAGACCCAAAUCACGCAGGUUCUACGAAGGCGGCUUCCAACAAACAAUGACAAGGCGAGAAGCGGCUCUCAUCCUCGGUGUUAGAGAAAGCGUGGCAGCGGACAAGGUAAGGGAAGCACAUAGAAGGGUAAUGGUUGCAAACCAUCCGGAUGCCGGAGGCAGCCAUUACUUAGCUUCAAAGAUCAAUGAAGCCAAAGAUGUAAUGCUUGGAAAGACCAAGAACAGUGGGUCUGCAUUCUGAUCCAAUUACUGUUUAAUUUAUUUCUGUUGACAAACAGUCCAAAUGGUAAAUAUUAUACACAACUCUGUGUUACUUUAUAUGAAUUUGUAUUCAUUGUUCUUGUUAUUUUUUUUGCCUUUCAUUGUCUUGAGUAUAAUAAAGAAAGGUUGCAGACCAA